AUGAGUACCUUAACCAACGAGAUUCGAAAACUGAAGCUGAAUAGGUCAGUCAGUAAAACCUAUGACAAACAAGCGAGAGGCAAACCGUUGCGUUGUUAUGAGUGUAACAAGGAAGGCCACAUAAAACGCAACUGCCCAAAGCUGAAGAGACGGCCCUGUAAAAGUGAACACAGGGAUUCAAAAGAGAAAAAGGGAUUAGGCAGGCCAGUACGAAGUAAACAGACGUCAGCCUGUCCUAGUGGAUCAAUUGGUGUUGGAUCUUCCCUGGAUGAAGCAGGCAUGUACAUAGAUAUCUCUGUGCAAGGUACCCAAGCUAAAUUCCUGGUUGACACAGGGGCAACACUGACAUUGUUGUCCUCAGCAAUGUACGAGAAAAUUGCAGAGAACAUAAGGCCAAAGCUGCAGAAGGUUAGCCAGAGUAUCUUAGCUGCCAAUGAAA